AUGGUCCUUUCACAACCCCCGAACCAGCAUGUCAUGAAAGCGUUCGACCUCACCGGCAAGGUUGCCGUGAUCACUGGCGGAGCUCGCGGAAUCGGACUAGAAGUCUCGAAAGCAUUGGCUGAAGCUGGAGCUAAUGUCGCCCUGAUCUAUAACACUUCCAAGACCGCCGAUGACAUUGCAGCCAAGAUUGCAAGCGCCAACAACGUACGCGCAGCGGCGUAUCAGGCUAAUGUGGGCAUUCAGUCUGAGAUUGAGGCCGCCGUGCAGCAGGUCGCGAAGGAUUUCGGUAAACUCGAUAUCAUGGUUGUGAACUCCGGUAUUGUUUCGUCUAUUGCCGCUGAGGACUACACUACCGAUCAGUGGAGCGAAAUUAUGAAGGUCAAUCUGGACGGUGCUUUCUAUUCUGCUCAGGCGGCUGGGCGCAUUUUCAAGGCUCAGGGCUAUGGGAAUGUUAUAUUCACAGCGUCGGUCAGUGCGACUUUGGUUAAUGUGCCCCAGAAACAGGCUGCGUACAAUGCGUCAAAGGCAGGUGUUGUGCAGCUGGCCAAGUGCUUGUCCGUCGAGUGGGUUGACUACUGCCGAGUGAACUGUAUCUCGCCUGGGUUCAUUGCUACCGACAUUCUGGACAUUCAUCCCAAGGAAUGGCAGGAGAAGUGGUUCAGCAUGAUCCCUGCUAAGAGAAUGGCGGAAUGUUACGAGUUAAAGGGGGCUUAUGUGUUCUGCGCCUCCGACGCUUCCAGCUAUAUGACUGGUGCCAACCUUGUUAUUGAUGGCGGAUAUACCUUGCCUUAA